CGGGUUUACAGGAAGGAGUCUGGGGAGAUGCUGCGAUCUGCGUGAUUCUGCGCUGGGUGUCAGCGGCAGGAAUGAGCGUCUCCAACCAUAAGGGCGCCGGGAAGCAGGUGACCAGCAGCCUGCAGAGCAUGUCGCCGAUCGUGCAGCUCAAUAUCGGGGGCUUCCUCUACACGACGACUCUGGGGACCCUGAAGAAGUGUCCCGGCUCCAAGCUCUACGAAAUGUUCAGCGGGCAGCCCAAGCUGCGCACGGACUCCGAGGGAAGGUUCUUCAUCGACCGAGACGGCAGGGACUUCGGCUACGUCCUCGAGUACCUGCGCAGCAGCCAGCUGCCCACCCAGCGCAUCCCGGAGGUGUACCGGGAGGCCGUCUUCUACGAGAUCGAGCCUUUGGUGAAGAAGCUGGAAGAGACGCCGCAGAUCUUCGGCGAGCAGGUCGGGAGGAAGCAGUUCCUGGCCCGGGUGCCCAACUACAGCGAGAACAUCGAGGUGAUGAUCCGCAUCGCCCGGGCCGAGGUCGUGGCGUCUCGGUACUCCAACGUCAUCGUGUGCAUCGUGAGGACGGAGGAGGACGCCGCCAAGUGUCACGACGCCCUGAACGCCCUCGAUAUGGACAAGGAGUCGGUGGUGAAGUUCGGCCCCUGGAAGGCCUCGCCGGGGAUCACGGACCUCUUGGACUGCAUCAAGGCGGACAUCGAGGAGAAAGGCUAUAAGGUGUCCUACACGGCUUACGACGUCAACAAAGGCUUCCGCAUGAAGUAUUAUGACUUUAUCUACAAGUUUGCGUUCGCUUGGUGGUGAAGCCGUUAACGAGCUGCUGCCCGGCAUGCGGACCCGGAGAAGGAAUCUCCCUCGUAAUGUUUACACCAUGACGUUUUUAUACGUCAACGCGGAAAUAUUCAGCGCUUCCCUAUCAUGUUCAUUUAGGGGCGCAAUCGGACCUUUUUGUAGAAGAUGAGGUUUUGGAAGACGGGCUUUUUUUGUUGGUUCUGUACAAGAAAAAAAAGGGGGAGGGGCAGCCGCAGCCAACAGCAGGGGGUUCGGGACCGUGGCAUUAAAUAUACGUCUGGAAUGCUCAACUUUAUAGACCGCAGAAGAGAAGUCGGUGUUCUGCAAAUAACGAUCCUAAAAAAAAAAUAUUCUGGUUUGGUAAAUUUGAGACAUAUAAAGUAUUUUUUGAUGGUGAGCGAAAUAUAUUAAAAGAAUAUUUACUUUACCGCUACUGCUCAAGAAAGAGGGGGGAUGACUGCCUAAACUUCACGUCCUCAUUUAUAUGUACGAGAAACCUGUAGAAUCUGCAGAAUGUACAUAAAACUAUGAAAUUUA